UCUUGGCUCAUGUGUUGGGUUGGGCCAGGCCAUACCUUUGGGUUGGGCUAAGCCAGGCCGUGUGGACUAUAAAGAGUCUCAGGCGAUGGAGCUAGUGCACAUCAAAAGCAGCAGAGGUCCCAUAGGUGAAGACUGACCAACUCCAGAGAACAAAAGCAAACCCGAGCUACCGCCAACAUGAGUCGCAGCCCUGAGAGGAUUUCGUCCUACCGACGCCACUUUGAGGACAGCAGCAGCUCAUCCUCCUACCAGGUUAGGGUGUCCAGCCCAUCCCCGACCCGGAGAGUUAACCGCCACCAGUCAGCCAACUACUCACCCAGUGCCGGAGCCAGCAGAAUGCAGGCCCAGACCAUGGGCAGAAGGACCGUUUCCACCUCACGUAACGCCCGCAUGGCUGGCGGGAAUGUGGGAACAUUGGCAUGUGUGGGCUAUGGCAACGGGGCCCCGGUGGACCUGGACGCAUCUGCUGCCGAGAACAAAGUAUUCCUCAGCACGCGCAGUGGUGAGCGGCAGGAGAUGGUCGUAUUGAACGACAGACUUGCUGUUUACAUUGAGAAGGUUCGGUCCCUGGAGCAGCAGAACAAGUUGUUGGAGAUGGAGAUUGACGGCAUCCAGAACCGGUUCGUGAAGCCGUCGGGCCUGCGCAAACUCUAUGAGGAUCAGCUGAGAGAUCUGAAGAGGAUUGCAGAUCAGAUGAGAAUGCAGCGGGACCAAGCCUUAGCUGGCAAAGAGGCCAUGGCAGGUCAACUGGAGAUAACCAAAGUCAAAUACGAGGAGGCAGUUGAGCUGAGGAGGCGGGCAGAGAUGGAGAUCGAAGCAUUCCGUCCGGAUGUGGACAGAGCCACCUCUCAGCGCAUCGCCCUGGAGAAACAGCUCGAGCAGUUGGAGGUGGAGAUUGAAUUCCUUCAGAGGGUGCACAAAGCGGAAAUUGAAGAGCUACUGAAAAUGAUAUAUGCUGCCCACUCCUCAGCCCAGAGCGCUUAUGACCUCCCCGACAUCUCAGGCGCUCUCAAACAAAUCCAAGCUCAGUAUGACGAAAUUGCGGCAAAAAAUUUACAGGAAAUGGAUUCCUGGUAUAAAAGUAAAUUUGAAGACCUGAACAACAAGACGACGAAACAUGUGGAUAUAGUUCGAAGUGUCAGGGAAGAAGUUGCUGGCGCCAAGAAGGAUAUCCUAAACAAAGAGCGUGGCCUGGAAGCUUUGAAGACCAAGAAUGAGGCUCUGGAGGCACAAAUUCGUGAAGCACAGGAAAAGUACAAGAAAGAGCUGGAGGACCUUCAGGCAAGAAUUGAGGCCCUGAAGGAGGAGCUGAAAUCCACCAAGUCUAAAAUCGCUCUGCACCUGCGUGAAUACCAGGACCUUCUGAACAUGAAGAUGGCUCUGGAGAUUGAGAUCACAACUUACAGGAAGCUGAUUGAGGGUGAGGACUUGCGACUCACAACCAUGGUUGGAACCAUGUCCAUAAUGAGUAGCAGCUCAAGCUCCAUGAGCGCUGGGAUGAGUGUGGGCAUGGCUGGAGGCAUUGGACCUGGAGGCAGUGGUGGAGGAAUGGGUGGAGCUGGAAGCUUAGGUGGAAUGGGUGCUGGAGGGUUGGGCGCUGGAGGGAUGGGAGCUGGAGGCAUGGGUGCAGGAGGCAGGGGUGGAGCUGGAAGCAUUGGUGGAGGAAUGGGAGCUGGAGGAAUUGGAGCCAAAGGCGUGGGUGCUGGAGGCCUAGGAGCUGGAGGAAUGGGAGGAGGUAUGGAUGGUGGAGGAAUUGGUGCUGUAGCCAAUGGUGCUAAAGGCAUGGGUGCUGGAGCCAUGGGUCCUGGAGGCAAUGGAGGAGGCAUGGGAAAAGGUGCAGGUGAUUAUGGGUACGGCGCCUCCAUGGAGUACUCCCACGAGGAGCAGGCAGUGGAGAUGACGGAGAGGAGGACAGUGCUCAUCAGAACAGUUAAAUCGGAGGAUGAAACACUGGAAAGCGACACAAAGGAGCAAACCUACAUAAUCUCUGGCGCUGCCAACGACUCGGACGAGGAAUAGGCGUAAAUGACCAUGUGACCUCCUCUCACCCCUUAACCCCUCACGCCCCUGGAGCUUUGCACUGACGGCUCAUGUCUGGUCUCUGACCUUUGACCAAGACAUGAGACCAUGAAUGACCCUGCAACCUAGUCAAGCAGUACCCUUCAGCUCUUGUGAUGUGCCUUUGAACCACAUAUUCAGAAACUCUGUGUGCCUUACACAGCUACUCAACAAGCAGCAAAUAAAGCU